AAGAAAUUAUAUGUAAAUAUUUAGUAGGAUGUGAUGGUUGUCAUUCUGCCGUCAGAAAAGGAGUAAAGGAUUGGACUUUUGAAGGUCAGGCAUUGAAAUCUUCCUGGGCUUUAGCUGACGUAGAAGUUGAUCAUGAAUUGCUUAAAUAUGACCAUGCAACGGCUUUCCCAACUAAUGAUGGGCCUAUUGUGCUAAUACCAUUGGAUGCUAGAAAAAAUACUUACCGUAUCGUUGCAAAAAUUUCUGACGAAGAGAAUAAACCUGAAACUAAUGAUCAAGUUACGCAUGGUCUCACAAAUGAAACGCAUAUUACGCUGGAAGAGUUGCAGAAACUAUUUGAUGAGAGAAUUGCCCCGAUUAAAAUGGAACUAAAGAAUCCAGUAUGGAUUUCCAAUUUCAAGAUUAACGAAAGAAUUGUAAAUAGAUAUAGAACAGGAAAUGUGUUCGUCGCUGGAGAUGCUGCUCACUGUCAUUCGCCAUUUGGUGGUCAAGGAAUGAAUUUAGGAAUUCAAGACGCUCAUAAUUUGGCAUUCAAAUUGGCCCUAGUUAUUAGAGGUCAGACAGCUGACACUAAUAAACUUCUUGAUAGUUAUGAAAAAGAACGGUACCCCGUUGGUAAAAGUAUUGUUGAAGGUACCGGUUUUGUUACAAAAAUGUUGGCUGCUAAAGAUUUUAUUAGCACAUUCCUCCGAACGCGCGUUGUUCCUUUAAUGUUCCAUUUCUUCCCCCAAACUGCAUUUAAAUUCCAAAACAAUUUAUUUCAAACCAAUCUUAAUUACUUGCCUGAAUCUUCCGAUAUUCUUCACAAGUAUACACCUCGUUCAAGCGCUGAAAACAAAUUGAUCAAAGCAG